AUGGUGGCUCUCAAUAAGCAUAAGCCCGCAAAGGAUCUCAGGGCACCUAUAUCAACCAACGGAACCCUGAAUGACUACAUAGUUGUGAUUGACGCUGGUUCGAGAGGCUCAAGAGCAUACAUUUAUGGUUGGCCUAGUUACCAAUAUAUAAAAGACAAUCACCUAGGAAUGAACAAGAGAAUGGAUUACGAAGAUAAACAACAAGAAGAUACUCCUAUAGAACAAACUGAACAAGAGUUUUCCGACGAGGAUUCUAAGUCUGAGACCGGUUUGACAGCAAGUUCAGAUUCAGGUUCGGAUUCAAACUCAGAUGCCAAUUCAGAUUCAGACUCAGACUCAGAUUCCGAUUCAGAUUCCGAAUCGAAGGAGCCCACAGACCAACACGGGGAUAACCCCCCUGUUCUUCAGCGUAGACUGCCGACAAUAGUAACGAAAAGUAAGUGGAAUAAGAAAAUAAAGCCUGGUAUAGCGACUUAUGCUGAAUCUCCCGAGAAAGUCAGUGAACAUAUUGACAAACUUCUAACUAGAAUUUCUGAAGUAAUACCAAAGUCAGAACAUUUCAGGACUCCUAUCUUUUUGCAUGCAACUGCAGGAAUGAGACUUGUGGAAACUGAGAAGAGAGAGGAAAUCUUGCAAUAUGCAUGCGCACAUGUUCAAAAGUCAGGUUUCUUUAUUCCAGACUGCCAGUCACAUUUCAACGUCAUCGAUGGUGAUGUAGAAGGUCUUUAUGCAUGGUUAUCUACCAAUUACUUGAUGGGAUCUUUCAAUAACCCUGAGCUACAUGACCAUGGGAAGGGCCACUCUUCGUACGGCGUUUUGGAUAUGGGAGGGGCGUCUACACAGAUAGCUUUUGAGCCUAACUCGACAGAAAGCAGCCUUCACAAAGAUCAACUGUUUUCUGUGAAUCUGGCCACUACUGGCAGUCAAAAAACUGACCUAAAUUACACGGUCUCUAGUACAUCAUUCUUAGGCUACGGGAUGUUCGAGGCUCAUGAAAAGUAUCUUGAAAAUUUAGAUGCAGAUACAGAUGCUUGCUUUCCUAAUGGAUAUCAUUCGAAAAGUCAUAAUGUUAGUGGUUCUGGAAACUAUACCGAAUGUUAUAAUCAAGUUUCGCAACUGGUAGAUUGCGAGGGUGAAGGGUGUCUUCUUACCAAUUCAUCCUUGCCAGCAAUAGAUUUUGACGUGAAUAAGUUUGUUGGUGUGUCAGGUUACUGGGAUGCUAUUUCCAAUAUUCUGCAAAUCAAAAAAAGCAAGGAUUUGAUGUCAUAUGGUAAUGCGUAUUCGUAUGAGACCUUUGCUGCCGAAACACUGAAGAUAUGCAACAUGCCGUGGAAAGAACUGGACAAAUUGAACAACAAGGACAAAAAUAGAGUAUACGAUCUCAAGGAUGAUGAGCUUGCAGAAUUAUGCUUCAAAUCGACGUAUCUGCUGAAUAUCCUUCAUCGAGGUUUGGGACUCCCUGAGGUUGAUUCAUCGCUAGUCGAAAGCAAUUUCACCCAUUUACAAGUAGCAGAAAAAAUCAACGGAUUAGAGUUUUCAUGGACCUUGGGAAGGGCUCUAUUAUAUGCCUCUUCAGAAAGCAUAGACACUUCUGACGUAAAAGUUGGUUAUAAUAAUCCUUCAGGACAAUUUGUGAAUGGCGGUGAAGUAGAUGGUUUCACUCGCCCAAAAUACCAAAUGAACAAUUCAUUUAGUAAACCAGGGUCGAAAGGAAAUUAUUUAGCUUCAAUGUUGAUGUUUAUGACCAUAGGCCUCUUAAUUCUGUUUUUUUUUCUGGGAAGACAACGUCGCCGGAAACUGGUUGAUAGGCUCAAAGAACGAAUUAAUCAAUUUCGAUACAAAAAACUCCCAAACCUCAAUGAAGGAGAUUCAUUUGAAUUAUUUGAUUUAGAAGAUGGUCAGGAUGAUACUGCUGGUCCUGAGGAGUUCAUAAUUGACUCUGAUGAUGAAGAUCUAAGGAUUACUUGA